CCAGCGUCAUAAACACACCCACACAGAGAAUUCCAUCAGCCUAAACAGCAAAUUAUCGAUAAAACCCCACCUUUUAAAAACAGAAAAAAACAAAAAGACAACCCUAGAUUUAAAAAAUAUAAUAAUAACCCCCAUAUCCCACCAACUUGCUCAACUCCACAUAAAGAGAGAGAAAAAAAAACAUACCAAAAAAAACACCCACAUAAAACUACCAAAAAAAACAACAACAACAAACCCAACAUUACCCCCUCCCCCCCUCCUCAAAAAAAAAAAAAAAAAAAAAAAAUCCCCAUCGAGAUCCAACCCAAAAUACCCUUAACCCCGCGGUCUCUCCGUGUGUUAUAGGUGAAGGAGGAGGAAGAGGCUGUUUCUCGCGCAGGGAUUUCCGACUUUAUUUCAAAAAUGGUGAAGCUGACAGAGGACAUGGUGGUGGCGAGGUCCAAGGGCUCGGACCUGCAUAACGUGAGGAAGCUAAAUUGCUGGGGCAGUGAAUUAUCAGAUGUGUCCGUCGUGAGAAAAUUACCCAACGUUGAAGUUCUUUCCCUGAGUGUGAACCAGAUCCAGACGCUGGCAGACUUCCAGUAUUGCCCCAACCUGCAAGAGCUGUACAUCCGCAAGAACAGCAUCAGUGACAUCAACGAGGUGCUGUACCUCCGUCAGCUUCCCAAACUGAAGAGCUUGUGGCUGGCCGACAAUCCCUGCGCGGAUUUUGAGAAGUACCGCCACACGGUGUUACGCGCUUUGCCACACCUUCAGAAGCUGGACAAUGUUGCAGUGGAUUCAGAAGAGGUCCAGCAGGCAAUGGUCUGUGGUAUGGCCCUCCCCAUCUCUGACUCACCAAUGGCACAGAGAGAGGAGCGGGAAAUGCCAAGGUCGAGCAGCAUGGGGGAGUCUCUGCGCAGCGAAGGGGGCAGCAGCCUCUCGGACUGCUCGCCUCCGUCCUCCGAGCGCCGCUACUCACAAACCACAACCCCAACGCGGUCCAAUCAACAGGAUGUCUAUGGGCAGUCCUUGGAUGACGGCUAUGAAUACUCUCAGGCUGUUUAUGACGAAGAUGACGAACAGCCAGUCGCCCGACGCACCAGCUACUCACAGUACCAGCAGAGCGACCCAGAGAGGAGGAUCUCGCAGAUGUCACACUACUCCAACCAGGACACCUCCCCGCAGCAGGGAUCUAGUGGGUACUACAGCAGCAGCAGCAGCUCGAAUGGCUACCACCGCGGAGAGGCAGACAGCUCGGAUCGACUGCGCAGGACGUCGUACUCUUCCACACAGAGCCCAUCACGGCGUAGCAGCCAGAUUGUCACAGAAGCCGAUUCGUCUGACUCACGAGGGUAUAUACGCUCACCUGAAUCACGCACUCACAAUGCUGACUAUGAGUACGACUCACGCAAUGCUAACUAUCUGAGCCGGGAAGACACGGCGCCCAGCCGCCGUCCGGGUCAGGAACAGUACCGCGAUCAGAGAUGGAGUGAAGUUGAAGAGAGGGAGCGAGGAUACAGUCGUGGGGACGGGUAUGGAUACGCUUCCCCGCCCAGCGAGGUGCGUCAGUCCCCUGUUGGCUAUGAGCAGAGGAUUUCCCAAGACCCUCGAUAUGAACCCAGAACUCAGAGCAGGCAAAGUGAGAAUGGCUUGGUGCAGCAGCACUACGACAACACGUACCGCCGAGUGGAACAGCAGGUGGAAACAGCUUCGCGCUCAUCAGCCAUGGAGCGCCCCUCACCCACUAAGCCUUACCCAGCAAGGCCAAAAACAAGGAAUGCCAAUGUCUUGUCAGCUGUGCUCUGCUUGAUCAAAGAGCUGGACUACUCGAGCCUGGAGGUUGUAGAAAUGGCUGUGCGCUGCAGGAUGGAGGAACUCGAUGACUGAGAGAGCUUGGACGGGAAGGAACAAAUGGACCCAUGAUUCACACGUUACAAAACAAGGCGGAGUUGUUUCCGUUGUGACUGAAUCUCAUGCUUGUUUGGGGAGCGGCGAGAGGAAAUGAAUGCAUUGCGUGGGUUUGUUUUUUUAUUUGAAUUGGAUUUUUUUUUUUUUUUUUGGUUAGAGAAAAGUAGUAGUAAAGAGUAUGAGAAGGUUUUACAGAAAUAUAUUAAUAGGAUUCUUUUUUCUUUUAUUAUUAGGCAUUAGACAGCGAUUGUCUGUCUUUUGUUUUUCUGUAAUAUCUUUAUAUAUAUAUUUAUUUUUUUGGAAAAAAGAAAAAAAAGGUUGCAACUAAGAGUGCAUUAAAGAAUACUUAAUAUUCUCAGUUCGAUCUUCGUGCAAAAAGCAACGUAAUUCUCCUUCGAUUGCAUUAAUAGGCACGAAAGGUGAAUUACAUUUAGUUCAAAGGAUACAAAUAAACUUUGAGGAGGCUGAGGGACUUUGUAUAUAUAUAUAUAAAAAACUCUUCCCCACCCACUCCUUUUUUUUAUUUUUUUACAUUUUUUUUAUUAUUAUUAUUACUAUUAUUUUUUCUUAACCUUGCAAUUACUGCAAACUUGAUAUACUCAAACCUUCACAGCGAGGGUUUUGGAUUGACUGAGAAAUAAUCUACAAGUUUUAAGAUUCUCAUUAUAAUAG